GUGAGGACUUUCUGCUGUGUUUGAAUGCAGUUUCAUUCAUUUAAAAAUGUUUGAAAACUGGUUGCAUUACUGAGUGGACUGGUUAUACUGGGACAGAGACUGACUGGUCACAAGAUGUGUUAUGAUAGGGCCACACUGUAAAGGAGCACCUAAACAAACAGACGGAGCAGAGGGAAUGAAAGACCGCAGUGUUUUUGGGAACUACACACUUCUUUGUCAGCUGGCUGGAGUGACGGGUGACGGGUUGCUAACCAGAAUGCCCUCUGAGGACCGACACUUGUCCUCCAGUUGUGGUUCUUACGUCAAAACCGAGCCUUCCAGUCCAUCCUCUUCGCUAGUCGACACCGGCAGUCACCACAGUCCCAGCGGCAACUCUGACGCCAGCGGCGGCUACGUUAACGUCGGCAGCAGACACUCGCACGCCUUGGACUCCCCGCCAAUGUUCAACCCGGGCAUGCUCGGAGGCGCGUCCGCCUGCCUACGCCGUUACGAGGAGUGCUCCGGCGUCGUGGCAGACGACUCGCCAAUCAAGUGCGAGUACAUGCUCAAUGCCAUUCCCAAGAGGCUGUGCCUGGUGUGUGGUGACAUUGCCUCAGGCUACCACUAUGGGGUGGCAUCCUGUGAGGCCUGCAAAGCCUUUUUCAAAAGGACGAUACAAGGGAAUAUUGAGUACAGCUGUCCGGCCACCAAUGAAUGUGAGAUCACCAAAAGGAGACGCAAGUCGUGCCAGGCCUGCCGCUUCAUGAAAUGUCUUAAAGUUGGCAUGUUGAAAGAAGGUGUGCGUCUGGACCGGGUGAGAGGGGGGAGACAGAAGUACAAACGGAGGCUGGACGCAGAGAACAGCGCCUACCUCGGACUCGGCAUCCCCCCUCCAGCCAAAAAGCCAUUGACGAAGAUCGUUUCCCAUCUGUUGGUGGUGGAGCCAGAGAAGAUCUAUGCCAUGCCUGACCCCACCAUGCCCGACGGAGACAUCAAGGCCCUGACCACGCUGUGCGACUUGGCCGACCGCGAACUGGUGGUCAUCAUCGGCUGGGCAAAACAUAUCCCAGGUUUUUCCACUCUGUCGCUGGCAGACCAGAUGAGUCUGCUGCAGAGUGCCUGGAUGGAGAUCCUGGUGCUGAGCAUCGUGUUUCGCUCGCUGCCCUGCGAGGAUGAGAUCGUGUACGCCGAGGACUACGUGGUGGACGAGGAGCAGGCGAGGAUCUCGGGCCUGCUGGACCUGCACGUCGCCAUCCUGCCGCUGGUCCGACGCUUCAAGAAGCUGCGCAUGGAGAAGGAAGAGUUUGUCACGCUCAAAGCCAUCGCCCUCGCCAACUCAGACUCCAUGCAUAUAGAGAACAUAGAGGCCGUCCAAAGGCUGCAGGAUUCUCUCCACGAGGCUCUGCAGGACUUUGAGGGCCCCCAGCACCCGGAGGACCCUCGACGGGCAGGCAAGUUGCUAAUGACCCUGCCUCUGCUCCGUCAGACCGCCACCAAGGCCGUCCAGCACUUCUACGGCAUCAAAAUGCAGGGCAAAGUCCCCAUGCACAAACUAUUCCUCGAGAUGUUGGAGGCCAAGGCUUGACACCCGGGCCAGAUGUUUGACAGACAGCUGCAUCACUCAAUGGGAGGAGAGGGACAGCCCAUAAAAAUAAAAAAAAAGAUGGUGUGCCAAUUGACAGUGAAAGGAUAAAGCUUGGACUACUGAGUAAUUUUAACACUUUUAAAUGGUUAUAAACGUAAAAGAAAAAGGGACUUGAAAUGGUUUUAAAAAGGGUGAAUAUCAACCUGAUUGACAUGGGAUCAUGAUGAUGUAAAUAAAGAUGUUGUGUACAGAAAUCAGGCAACCGAGGUCUUGUUAUAGCCAGAGACCCAUUGCUCUAUAUC